ACGGAUCCUGUUCUGCUGCAGUAAUGUGGUCUCUAGGGGAACUAGGGCUUGAUGCAUGCUACGCUGCCUAGGCUUCCUCCAGCCCGUCGCCUCUCUGCUGCUCUUAAAUGGAGGUUACAGCUGAUCCAUCAGCCACAGAGCUGCACGCAUGCCCACCUUCUCAGCCUUCAGUGGUGGAAACUUAUUAAUUUCUGCCUUCGACUUCAGGCCCGUUGGUUUCCUGUCUGAAAGCAUUAUUACUUUUGUCCAUGUGGCAAAAUAAUUAGCAUACAGAUGAGAAGGGAUCCUGCCUCUGAGCCUCAGUCGCAGGAGAAGAUGUGCAGUGGAAAGUUGAUUGGAUGAAUGGAGAACAAAUGGUGGGCGUUCAAAAGCAUUAGGAGAGUUUUGUUGUCGUGGAGCAGGUUUGUCAGUUUUCUGGGUGAAUCUCGUAAGAUGGAAGGCAGGGUGGCUGGUGCUGAGACGACUGCUUGACAGACUGUGGCCUACUUGAAGGUGCACGUUUGGACUGCAUGCAUAGAUAAUUCCUUUGGACUACUUUGUUUUGCAAUUCUGCGGCUUUCCCUUUCCUGUUCUUUCAAGAAAAUGAGUCUGGAAGAAAAUUGGUGAAUUCUAUCCAGAGGACCUACAAGCACUCUGACAGGCUCAGAGAGCAGAGUCUGUACCAAAGAGCAAUUACCCCACCAAACGAUUUCAGAUGGAGGUGGAUGCAGACGAGAAGCGCCAUCGCACACGCUCCAAAGGUGUUCGAGUUCCCGUGGAACCAGCCAUACAAGAGCUGUUCAGCUGUCCCACGCCUGGCUGUGAUGGCAGUGGUCAUGUUAGUGGCAAAUAUGCAAGACACAGAAGUGUUUAUGGCUGCCCAUUGGCAAAAAAAAGAAAAACACAAGAUAAACAACCCCAAGAACCAGCCCCCAAAAGAAAACCCUUUGUGGUUAAAGCAGACAACUCUUCAGUAGAUGAGUGCUAUGAAACUGAUGGAACAGAGGAGAUGGAUGAAAAGGAAGAGGAAGAAGAGGAAGAGGAUGAAGAGGAGGAGGAAUAUUCUGAUGAUAAUGAGGAGCAAGGUGACGAGGAGGAGGAUGAUGAGGAGAUAGAUCGAGAAGAAGAAGAGGAGAUUGAGGAGGAAGAGGAGGAGGAUGAAGAGGAAGGUGAAGAUGUGGAGGAUGAAGAGGAGGAGGAAGAAGAAGAGGAGGAAGAAGAGGAGGAGGAGGAAGAACGUGAAGACCAUCAAAUGAAUUGUCACAAUACUCGAAUAAUGCAAGACACAGAAAAAGACGAUAACAAUAAUGAUGAGUAUGAUAAUUACGAUGAACUGGUGGCCAAGUCAUUGUUAAAUCUUGGCAAAAUUGCAGAGGAUGCAGCAUACAGAGCCAGGACAGAAUCAGAAAUGAACAGCAAUACAUCUAAUAGUCUGGAAGAUGAUAGUGACAAAAAUGAAAAUAUUGGUCGAAAAAGUGAGCUGAGUUUAGAUUUAGACAGUGAUGUUGUUAGGGAAACAGUGGACUCCCUUAAAUUAUUAGCACAAGGACAUGGUGUAGUGCUUUCAGAAAAUAUUAAUGACAGAAAUUAUGCAGACAAUACUUCACAGCAAGACAAUAGGAAUAUGAACUUUGUAAUGCUAGGAAAGCCUGUGAACAAUGGACUUACAGAAAAAAUAGUGGAGGAGAGUGAUGAAGAGGUAUGUCUCAGCAGUUUGGAGUGCUUAAGGAACCAGUGUUUUGAUCUGGCUAGGAAACUCAGUGAGACAAACCCACAGGAAAGAAAUCAACAGCAAAACAUGAACACUCGUCAGCAUGUCAGGCAAGAAGAUGACUUCCAAGGAAGAACACCAGACCGGAAUUACUCUGAUAUGAUGAACCUAAUGAGGCUUGAAGAACAGUUGAGCCCCAGAUCUAGGACUUUUUCUAGCUGUGCCAAGGAGGAUGGUUGUCACGAAAGAGACGAUGAUACCACCUCUAUUACUUCAGAUAGGUCUGAAGAAGUGUUUGAUAUGACAAAAGGUAACUUAACCCUGCUUGAGAAAGCAAUUGCUUUGGAAACAGAGAGAGCAAAAGCCAUGAGAGAAAAAAUGGCAGUGGAAGCUGGAAGGAGGGAUAAUAUGAGAUCAUUUGAGGAACAGUCUCCAAGACACCUUUCUGGAGAUGACAGGAAGCCUAAACCAAGUGACGGCCAUGUCAAAAAGCCAUAUUAUGGUAAAGAUCCCUCAAGAACAGAAAAGAAAGAGAGCAAAUGUCCUACCCCUGGGUGUGAUGGAACUGGCCAUGUAACGGGGCUUUACCCCCAUCACCGCAGUUUGUCAGGAUGCCCACACAAAGAUAGGGUCCCUCCAGAAAUUCUUGCCAUGCAUGAAAAUGUUCUUAAGUGUCCUACACCAGGCUGCACAGGCCGGGGCCACGUAAAUAGCAACAGGAAUUCCCACCGAAGCCUCUCUGGAUGUCCUAUUGCUGCAGCAGAGAAACUGGCUAAAGCUCAAGAGAAGCAUCAGAACUGUGAUGUGUCAAAAUCAAACCAGGCAUCAGAUCGGGUUUUAAGGCCCAUGUGCUUUGUUAAGCAAUUGGAGAUCCCUCAGUAUGGCUACAGAAACAAUGUCCCCACCACCACACCCCGCUCCAACUUGGCCAAGGAACUAGAGAAAUACUCUAAGACUUCGUUUGAAUAUAACAGUUAUGACAACCAUGCCUAUGGCAAGAGAGCCAUAGCUCCCAAGGUGCAAUCCAGGGAUAUAUCCCCCAAAGGAUAUGAUGCUAAACGCUACUGUAAGAAUUCAAGUCCAACCAGCAGCACAACAAGCAGUUAUGCCCCUAGCAGCAGCAGCAAUAUGAGUUGUGGUGGAGGCAGCAGUGCCAGCAGUACCUGCAGCAAGAGCAGCUUUGACUAUACUCAUGACAUGGAGGCAGCACACAUGGCUGCUACUGCUAUUCUGAAUCUCUCCACCCGCUGCAGGGAGAUGCCUCAGAACCUCUCCACUAAGCCUCAGGAUCUCUGUGCAAGGAAUCCUGAUAUGGAAGUCGAUGAAAAUGGGACGUUGGAUCUGAGCAUGAACAAGCAGAGGCAGCGAGAUGGCUGCUGCACCAUUUUGACCCCACUGGAGCCAAUGUCCCCACAACGACAAGCCGUGAUGAACAACCGCUGUUACCAACUGAAUGAGGGUGACUGCUGGGACUUGCCAGUGGACUACACUAAAAUGAAGCCAAGUAGGAUAGAUGAAGAUGAUUCCAAAGAGAUUAAUCCGGAAGAUUUGGAUCCUUUCCAAGAGGCACUUGAAGAAAGAAGGUAUCCUGGUGAAGUUACAAUCCCAAGUCCUAAACCCAAAUACCCUCAAUGCAAAGAGAGCAAAAAGGAUUUAAUAACAUGUCCAACACCAGGGUGUGAUGGGAGUGGUCAUGUGACUGGUAAUUACGCCUCACAUAGAAGUUUAUCUGGCUGUCCCUUGGCUGACAAAAGCAUUCGGAGUAUGCUGGCCACAAGCUCACAAGAACUCAAGUGUCCCACUCCUGGGUGUGAUGGCUCUGGGCAUAUAACUGGAAAUUAUGCUUCUCAUCGAAGUCUUUCAGGCUGUCCACGAGCAAAGAAAAGUGGAAUCAGGAUAGCACAAAGUAAGGAAGACAAAGAAGACCAAGAGCCAAUUAGAUGUCCAGUUCCUGGCUGUGAUGGCCAGGGUCAUAUAACUGGAAAAUACGCGUCCCAUCGCAGUGCAUCAGGGUGUCCUCUUGCUGCCAAAAGGCAAAAGGAUGGGUACCUGAAUGGCUCACAGUUCUCGUGGAAGUCAGUGAAGACGGAAGGAAUGUCAUGUCCAACACCAGGAUGUGAUGGCUCAGGACAUGUCAGUGGUAGUUUUCUUACUCAUCGUAGUUUAUCGGGAUGCCCCAGAGCUACUUCAGCAAUGAAGAAAGCAAAGCUGUCCGGAGAGCAAAUGCUAACAAUAAAGCAGCGGGCCAGUAAUGGUAUAGAAAAUGAUGAAGAAAUUAAACAGUUAGAUGAAGAAAUCAAAGAACUAAAUGAAUCCAACUCCCAGAUGGAAGCUGAUAUGAUUAAACUCAGAACUCAGGUAACAAUUACCACAAUGGAGAGCAACCUGAAGACGAUAGAAGAGGAGAACAAAGUAAUUGAACAGCAAAAUGAGUCUCUUCUUCAUGAAUUGGCCAAUUUAAGCCAGUCUUUAAUUCAUAGUCUAGCUAAUAUCCAGCUGCCACAUAUGGAACCAAUCAAUGAACAAAAUUUUGAUGCUUACGUGACCACUUUGACGGACAUGUAUACAAAUCAAGAUCGUUAUCAGAGUCCAGAAAAUAAAGCCCUACUGGAAAAUAUAAAGCAGGCUGUGAGAGGAAUUCAGGUCUGAACAGCUGCUAUAGUGAUGAAAAUCUUGCUUAAAAAAAGGAUGCCUCUUGUUUUUUGCUGCUGUAAUUUACCAGAAAGUGUUAUAUAUUUAUUUCUGUUUGAAACAGUGUUAUGCUUACAAGACUUCAUAAUGAUUUUAUGUCUUGCUUUAAAGAUAGUAACUGCAGAAUAGUUUUUUGAAUACAUUCACAUUUUGUACGUUUUCAUAUAAGCUGACAUAGUGUGAUAUGCCAUGUAAUGUUUAUAGCUGCUAAUGUAUGCACAUUUUUGGGGUAUAUAUAUUUCUGAAGAGGUAAGCUGAUCAAAAUAAAUAGAGUGUAAAUUCUUUUUAAUGCUUUAGUGAUUAAAUGUUUUAGUAUUUUGAACUGAAAUGGACAAAAAAAAAAAACAGCUUUGAAUGACAAUGUUGCGGUCUGCAGCCACUUUUUAAACACUAUCAUUUUGCCUCAUGUUGGAGGAUUUUAUGGGAUUUAAGAAGUACAUUUUGUGUGCAUAUUGUUUCAUAGCAAGAAUUGGUUGCAAAAAUGCUUUAUUUUUGAACAAUGCUUGAAAAUAUUAUGUGACUUUUGUUUUUGAAGGAUGGUGUGUGGUGGGGGCAAUAAAAUGAGGUUUUUUGAAUUCCAAGAAAAUGGCAUGGAUUAGAUGUAAGUUACAAAAUGGGU